AUGCGGCAGAUGCGCCCUGUGACUGGUCCGGAUCGUGUCCUCCGUGUUCGAGACUGCACUGUGAGUGGCCCCCGGAAUUGGACCUGGAUGCCGUGCUGCGGUGCCAAGAUCGCCUAUAGCCGCCUCGGACGACACUACACUCGCACCCACGCCCCGUUCUCUCUCCGCCGGAAGAUUCCUAUUCCCGUUCCCAUCUCGCCCGCGGUCGACGUCCUGCUCGCGAAUUUACUCCGUCUUGCAAACUUGUUUCUCACCACGCUGUGCCCCCCGCAUCUGCAGGGCAUAACUGUCGGCCACUUUUGGACGCCCCCAGCCUCGGCCCCCGGGGGCUGGUUGCUUCGCGAUGGCGACAUCUCGCACAGGCCCUCUGGUUGGAGCCGCGCGAGGCUGUGGUAUGUUGACGACAACGGGUUCAACCCCGCGUCCCCGCAACGCACACCCUCCUUGCAGCUGUAG